UUGGUUUUGGAAGAGGUUUGGGUGCAGGGAGGCAUUGGCACCCCCAGAUUAUUUUUUUGGGGGGGCAUAAGCAACAACCAGCAGGGAUUAAGGGGAUAAAGGUGUUCUCCCCCCGCGGACGCGUGGACCGCGCUGACCCCAGAGAUGCUCUUCCUUGGGGAUGACAUGCAACACAGGAGCUUUAUUAUUUUUUCCCCCAUAACUGCCUUUUCUGAACAUUUGAUUUUUUUAAUUUCUUGUCACUAAACUCCCUUUUCCCCGCUUUGGAGCUUUAAAAUCCAUUGUCCUUGACAUCCACCACCGUUAACAAUGUUCAGAAAGAUUCCCCGGGAUAUACCCCCGGGGAGGCUCCUUCAAAGCCCUGUGGCUCGGUUCCUUCGUGGGGUGGCACAGGAGCCUUUCACAGCCUCUGGGCUGCACCGAGAACCUUACAUUUAGCAGCUGGUCACUGCGCAUCGCACGGACGGGGAGCCAGGGAGGGCGUGAUUCGAGCCUGGAAAAUGCUGGACACCAUCAGCAGCCAGUACGACUCCUUCAUCUACUGGCGGCUGCCGAUCCCGCGGCUGGACGUGGCGGAGCUGGAGGGGCUGGGGCUCGGCGACGGGACCCUCUACAAGCCCAAGGCGCUGGGCAAGCUGGGUGGCGAGCGGGCCCGGCCCCGCCGUGACGGCCCGGACGAGGAGGACGGCCUGCUGCCCUUCAACAGCUUCAACUUCUGGAGGGCUCCCAUCGCCAGCAUCAGCUCCUUAGAUUUCGAGCUCAUUUGAAGCCCCUUGGCCCCUCUCCCUCUCUGCUGGGCGCGCGAGGGUUCGGUUUUGUUGUGGGUUUGGAGGUUGGGGUGGUUUUGGUUGUUUCUGGGCAGUUCUUUUGACGUUGUUAAUUAACGCGGCCGUUCACCGCGGUGCUGCGAAGCUUCGGCCCCUCUCCGCCUUCCCCCUCUUCUCUUCUCUUCUCUUCUCUUCUCUUCUCUUCUCUUCUCUUCUCUUCUCUUCUCUUCUCUUCUCUUCUCUUCUCUUCUCUUCUCUUCUCUUCUCUUCUCUUCUCUUCUCUUCUCUUCUCUUCUCUUCUCUUCUCUUCUCUUCUCUUCUCUUCUCUUCUCUUCUCAUCUUGCGGUAGAGCUGGAAACACGACAGUGCGAGCAGGGGGCAAAUCCGCGGGGAGAGGGCAACAAACAGCCCCUGGGUUUCCCGGGGAAGGUGCUGGGGGUCGCUGCCGCCCCACGCGUGUCCCCGCGCUCCGGGACGCGCGUUUGUGCUCAUUUCUCUCCCGUUUUUCUUUUCAAAUGAACCCCUUUGUGCACAGGGAGCGGCGCGGGACCGCGGGACUCGUCUCCGUUUGCGCUUCCCUGGCUCAGUUUCUCCAAAAGCUGCUUCGCUCCUUUACCUUCCGCUGGGGAUAAUGACGGUGGAAGAGGCACAAACCUCUGUCUCCAAAUACAGCUCCUCGAGCCUUGUGGCUGGAGCCCCAGCAGCAGAAACGACGGCCAGGGGGGUGAACACCCACGGAACCCCCCGGCCCCGCUCGGUGCGCUCAAGGCUGGAUGUCCACUGCCCAAAAUGUGAUUGUCGCCCGUUAUUCCCCGCGCGUGCUCCGUCCCGGGUGUGACUCCGCGCUGGGACCGGGGCCGCGGCCAUCGUGGGCUCCGGGGGCUCCGGGGCUGAGCUGGAACGUAAAACAGAGAAUUCGGUUUGGUCUCGCCCCGGAAUGAACGCAUUUUUGGUUACCCCCCAAUUAAUCGUCCCCUUCACAAAUCACAGCGAGGACCCGCCCGUGCGCGCCGUCCCACGGUGCCCCACGGUGCCCCACGCCGUCCCACGGUGCCCCACGCUGCCCCACGCCGCCCCACGCCGUCCCACGCCGCCCCACGGUGCCCCACGCCGUCCCACGCCGUCCCACGCCGUCCCACGCCCCCACGCCGCCCCGCCGGGGGUCCCGCCGGGGGUCCCGCCCGCGCUCUCCGCGGCUCCAGGUUUGUUCCCGAGCAUCGUCUCUAAACAAACCAACCGCCCGCCCACCAAACAACCCCGGAUCACUUUCGGCUUUUAAGCAGUUUUCCCCCAAUAUCGUUUUCUGGGAGGGCGCACGCGGCCGGUUUGUCGUCUUGAAUGCGCUUUUUUUGGGUUUGAUUUGGUGUGGAGUGUCCAAAACUGCCCUAAGAGCGGGGGAACGCGGCGGGGGGACUUAAACUGCGCCCAAAAUAGGUGGAUAUUGCAAAAAUCGGCACUGUGUCCCAGCCAGGGAGCGCAGAAACCCCCAAACCUGCCGACUCCGAGCCAAAACAUUGUUGAUGCUCCUACGCAGAGCUGUUUGAAACCCCCCAGGAGAAGUGUUUAUUACGAGACUUUAAAUAAAAUGAUUUGAAAGCAUACGCGUUCCUGUGGACACUUCAAAGAAAAUCCAUGUAAACUAACAUCGAGUUAUUUCCGUAAUUUGCCAUUAAAUUGCUUUAAGUCUUUA